AUGUAUAGAUUUACAAAUCAUUUAACAAAUCCUAAUUUAGUUUUGGUUAGAAAACAAAUAGGGGAUGGAUCAUGUGCUGCAUUGAUAGUAAUGCGAGCCCCACGGCGCCGGUAUGCUAAGUUUGAACAGGAGAACAGCCCACCGAAUAAAGAGAAACCAAAGUCUCGAAAAUUGUUCUGGGGAACUGUCGGUGCAACUGUUUUGACUGGCGCAGCUGUUGUAUACGCUAAAUCUAGUCCUGAGGCACGCAAUUGGUUAGAAUCUAACGCACCCUGGGCUAAUGACUUUGUGGCUUUAGUGUACCAAGAAAAUACUUCAUAUUGGAAGUUUACCUUGAACCAGUUUAAUAAAGCUACUACAAGUAUUAGCAACUUUAUGUUUGGAAAGGAAGGCGUUUCUCCACUCGAAUUCCCACAAAGAUCAGAACAAAAUUUAGAAAAAGAUGCUAAGAAAUUCUUCGAUAAGAAGACCUAUGAAUCUACAGAUAAAAAAACUGUUCAGGACAAAUCUAAGGGCAAAGUACCCCCGCCCACAUUCGAACCGUUGUACGUUGAAGAGAAGAAGCUGGAGACACCCGAAGUUGAAACACCAGCUAUUCUCGUCCAAACUGAGAAAUGUGAUCCUGAAAGUCCGGCUCCCAUAAGAAUAACCAAGGACAUGGUGGAGCUAGAACACGAUAUGCAUGUAAACACCAAAAUAGCAAUCGAUAACUAUAAGAAAGCAACACAACAUUGUGCUGAUUAUAAUAAAGCGUUGUAUAAGAUAAUAGAAUCUCCCAUCGACGACUUGGAUAAAAAGCACUUUUCAUCUCUUCAAGGCGCAAACCUUGAGAGAGAUUCAACCAUAAAGAAGGCUCAAGAAGCUGCAUCUAAGGCAAAAUUGGCUAUUGAAACCCUGGACCGUAUGAUAAAAGCUGGAGUUCAAGCGCCACCAGAAAGCGUAGCAGCGACUAACAGAUAUAUAAAGCAGUUUAGAGCAGAUCUAAGUGAAGCAGAAACAGCAUAUAAAGAAUGCUUGGAGAAAGCCGUACUGAGUGACAAGUAUUGGAAUAAGGUUGAGGCAGCUCGUAUGGCGUAUAAAGAGGAACUGCAAAUGCUAUUCCCAGGCAUCGACCUGAAUGCUAGACAGCUAGAUGUACGAGGCGAUACUGAUAUACUGCUUAUGUAUACAUUGAAACAGAUCCAAUAUCUACAGAAUGAAAUAGCCGAAUUACAAACGCUAAGGGAAUUGAAAAUUAAUAGAGCUAUUGAAUGUCAUGAUGAAAAGGCCAUCAUUGAAGCUAAAGUGGAAGACACGUUGAAAAGGGAGAGGCAAGAAAAAGAAAGAGAAUUUCAGUUAAAGAGUCUACGAAUUCAAGCGGAAGCCAAUAGAAAACUGAAAGACCAACUGAAGAAACAGUUUGAGAUCCAACAAGAAGUGAUGCAGGAGAAACUCGCUAGGAAGGAAAUGGAGGUGUUGGGUAAAUUCAGUCGGUCUGUUUCUGAGCAAGUGGAACAAGAGCGAGUGGCAUUCAAGAAGGAGUUGGCAGCGAUGGCAGGGAAACUGAAGGCCAUUGAACAGACACUCAAAUCGAGAACCAAAGCAGAGGCAGAAGCACGUAGGUCCCAGUCUCUUUGGGCGGCGGCGGAGGCGCUUCACGCGGCCACCAGGUGUGAGAGCUCGGAAGCUAAGCUGGAGAAAGAGAUCAAGGCUCUGGAAAUUGCUGGCAAAGAUGACAAGUUAGUGCAAACUGUACUAAACGGUAUUCCACAAGAGGUGCGUGAGAAGGGAAUACUCACCGAGAAGACUCUACGGGAAAGAUUUGAUAGGUUGGAAAAGACCGCAGUGAAAGUGGCUCUGAUAGGGCGCGACGGAGCUUCGUUGCCAGUAUACUUUCUUUCGUGGUUGCAAUCUAAAUUACUGUUCCAAAAGUUCGCUGAAAUUCCCAAAGACGAGUUAGACAAUCAGCCCACGGACUUCACUGCGUUAGACACCUUUGAUAUAAUUCAGAGGGCGAGAUACCAUAUGGAUCAUGGGAAUUUAGCAUCUGCCCUCCGAUAUAUAAACUUAUUGCAAGGAGCUCCUCGAGCCGCAGCAAAGGCUUGGUCGGACGCGGCGAGACGCCAUCUUGAAAUCAAACAAGCAGCGGAAGCAGUAAUGGCGCACGCUUCCCAACGCCACCAGCCUAUAGAUAGAUACGUCGCAUCUCUGCAUCAGUACAGCCCAUCACAAUACAAGGUUCAAGUCCGAGAGAAAUGUCCUCAAAAACCGACACCCCCACCGCCGAAACCAAAAGACGAUAGCGCUUUCUGGGGAGCUAUGGCAGUUUUGUUUUUGGCAGGCGGAUUCGUUGUUAUUGCUAAACGUUCACCUGAAAUUCGGGACUGGCUGACCAUCCAUGCGCCAUGGUUCGACGACAUUAUAGCCAUUGCGUAUGAAGAAAACCUGACUUACGGAGAGUUUGCGAAGAAACGUGUAAAUGAUAUUAAGAAUUACUUCAACACUUUAAAAAAGGCAGGUGAACCGACAUCAUGUUCUCUGGACAUUGAGCCGAAACCUAUCUUAUCCACGUCAACGGAAUGUGAAGUGUGUCAAAAAGGUGAAGCUAUCGAGCCGGAGCCACCAUGCGAAGAGACACCGUCUAAUGUAGUUUCGAAAACUGUGUGCGAAAUUGUUGAACGUCUCAAGGACCGUGGUGAAGAAGCUCUAAGCAAUUACUGUACCGUGAUCACAGCGUGUACUCUUUAUAAUCAGAUUGUAACGGAUACUAUGCACCAUUUUUCGAUUUCAACACUAAAAGAGUUGCAUGGUCACAUGGCCGAGCGAUUGAAAUUAAUUAGUGAACACAUUCCACAAGCUGAAGAGGCUACUGCGGCUAUUGAGAGUUUGACCCGUUAUUUGGAAUGUGGAGUAACAGGACCUAAAGAGGAUAUCGAAAGUGCCAAACAGCUUAUGAGCGAUUAUCUUCAGAAAAUAAAGGCAUUCGUUAUUCAGUAUCAGGUGGAGAACGCUAAAUCUGUUGCCUUGGAUAGCCAGUGGCAGAAAGUAGAAUCACUAGUAAAUAAAUAUUAUAAAGAGAAUGAGACGAUGUUUCCUGAAUUAAAGUACGAAGAGAAUAAGUUACAAGUCAGUGGUGAUAUGGACUUGGUUCUCUACCACACUAGUAGAUAUGUAGGU